AGAGAGUCGUUUCAGUUGUUGUGUGGCUGGGUAGGAAGGAGGUUCAGGACGCUCUGCUCAUGAUGGCUCGCCCUGUUCCACCACGUUCCUUGCAUCAUCAUUGACUCAUUCGUUUUUUGACGGUACAAGAAAGUGCUCAAGGAACCUGUGUAAAGUAACGGUACCGAGUUUGUGUUGAUAAUAUUUUCACAGUGUUAAACAACAUGAGAAAAAGAGUACUAAUGAUAGAAUUUUAGGUGCUACUAUAGCGUCCAGUCUACCAGAUAUUUUGGUUAGGUUAGGUUAGAUAUAUUUGUUGACCGCACGCUAAAGUGGCACCAAAUUGUAAGUGGGGUGUAAUGACCAGGUAAAGACGCAAGUGCUGGUGGCAGUGAGUAACUGAGACACGUCAUCAUGAACCCGCGAAACAACUGGACUGUGCGUGUAGUAGCCUUAACUACCCUCGCCGGGGCCUUCCUCGUGUACCAUCACUCCAAGGGGGGAGCGACGCCCCUCGACACUACCACCACUCAGGUGCUGAUCAACGAUAAUGGACGGGCGGCAAGUGUGAGACUCUCUCUAAGUGAAAUACAGUCUCUCAUCCUGAAGGCGACGCCGAAGAGCACUGAGAGAGAAACAGGAGUACAUGAUAAGGGAAGAGUAUUUGGCCAGAAGUCUCAGAACAACACUAGGGACAAGGUGACCAAGGAACGUUUCCUGGAGGUGGAGGAGCCGGCCUGGACACACCCGGUGAUUCAGCCCUCACGCGGGUCCUUCCUCAACACCCUCGACCUCUCCACCUACCCAGACAAGGAUCGAGAGUUCCUCCAAAAUCACCUGAAGAAGAUGAUCAACAGGGAGAAACACGUGAUGAAGAUGUGUCAGUCCCGGACUCGGCUGAUAGUACCCAGACCGAUCCACCUCCUCUGGCACAACCAUCACCCGGAUAUUGUCUUGUGUCCCGUCUAUAAGGCGUCACCAACACCACAGAUGAUGGAGCUUCUGAACCAACUGCAAGUGACGGUGAUUGAUCCAGCUGAGAGGACACGAAUCUUCACCAGUGGCCUACGGAUUAUUGUAGUGAGAGACCCGCUCAUCAGAAUACUUCACAUAUACCUGGACAAAAUAGCUACAGAUAAACCCUGCUCUGACUACAUAAGGAAAGUGAAGAACACCAUCAAAAGGAAAUACAGGAGAGGGAAGAAUACUAAGUCUACCCCGAGGUUUGAGGACUUCGUGCAGUACAUCUUAGACUCGACCAGAAACCUUCAUCAGGCUCAGGAUUGGGUGAAUAAGGUACAGUACUGGAAGCCAUAUUGGGUUGAUUGCAACGUGUGUGGAGCCAACUAUGACCUCUUCCUUAAAACAGAGACACUCAAGGACGACGAGAAGUUCCUCACCACCGUAGUUAACUUGAAGGAGUAUCAGAACCUUGUAUCAACGAAACACCUUGAAGCUGAGGGAGAAGUUAAUUUCAACCUGAGCCAACAGGAGAUGGAAGCUUACCUGAAACAGCUCGACCGUAAACAAAUGCAGCAACUGUACCAACACUACCUGCUCGACUCUGAACUCUUUCAGUACAAUUCGACUAAGUACCUUCAUCUGACACACGACUAAUGAAAGGUGCUCUGUGGUCCAGACUGAUGCUGUAACGUCUUGGUUGAUCGUCUGCCACUAAUAAUUGUUGUCAGCUCAGUCUUUGAUUCUCAUUGGUUACAGACAGUCUUUUGAGCUGUAUGCACCUCUAUACACCUUUAGGGGUGGAAAAGGUUAAGUUAUCGUCUUCAAGGGGUUAACUUAUCGUCUUCAAGGGGUUAACUUAUCGUCUUCAAGGGGUUAAGUUAUCGUCUUCAAGGGGUUAAACUAUUGUCUAUAAAUACUUAACUAUCAUCCUCAGAAGGUUAAACCAUUAUCCUCAUGGGGUUAAACCAUCGUCCUCAAAGGGUUAAACCAUCGUCCUCAAAGGGUUAAACCA